AUGACGCUAGUACAGAACAAGGUCCAAUUGUUCAACCGCCUUUGGUUGGUGGUGGUGAUUCUGCUGCUCGUUCCCGGUGUCCGUGGUAUAGCAGGAGAAAAUGAAGUGCCCUCAGCGUUCGACAGUGAACCGGUCCGACAGCUUGGCGUUAGUGUGAAUACGAAACGAUUGGCAAACGUGCUCGCCGAUGAGUUUAUCAGUUUCUACGCCAAACCGCAAAACAUAUUCGACGGUCAGGGUAAUCCGAUCAGUGAAACUAGCUUCCUAAUGGCGCAGAGCCUCGGUGGUACCUUCCUGAAGGUGAUAGCUGACUCAUCGCAGCUUCAUCUGCAAACAGCAACGGGCCAGAGUGUGGUUGGGCAGCCGGACGAUAUGGAGCUGGUGCAGAUAAGUUCCAGUGCGUGGCAAGCGUUCUACGAAUGGGCAAAACGCGCUAGUCUGGUGCCAGUGUUUGUACUAGACUAUCCAAUCGAUGGGGCACAAUGGAACGCGAAGAAUGCACUCCGCAUUCUAACCAUCGCUAGUACGCUUGGAAUCAGCAAAUGCCGUUGGCAGUUAGGCAAUGGACUCGUUAAGGAUGCGCCAAAGUAUGCGGAUGAUUUGCGAACGUUCCGCACGAUGCUUCAAGCGUUCCCGGAUCAGCAAUGGUCCAUGGUAGCAUCGGAGCUGAACCCACAAUUCGUCCCACUGGAAGAGAUUCAAUACUUCCACGCUAAUGCCGACAAUCUUGUGGAAGCCAUCACAAUAACUAGACCACAGUCCGACCAUACAGCAUGGAAUUAUACCACCAUCCAACGAGAAAUUCAUCUGCGUGGACUUUUGAAGCAUCGUCUCCCGGUGUGGCUUGAUAUUGUGGAAGAACAGCGCACAAAAUUAGAUUCGCUUGCUGAAGUUCCUGUUACUUGCUGUAAAUCAUGCGUCCAGGAAGGCAUCGUUUACGCACGGACACUCGGUGAAGCUGCUCGGGGUGGAAUUAGUGCAGUAUUCCAACCACUUCAACGGGACGACAUUCAGCAGUACUCGCUCAACUAUUUAAUCGGCCUGCUGUACAAACGUACCGUGGGACACAAGGUUUUUCCGGUUAACUUCAAUGUGAGUCCUUCUUCUGGCAUGGAUACCAUCAGCAGCCACACAUCGGUUUAUGCUUACUGUACUCGUAAUCGCACCGGUUCUCUAACGCUCGUGGUCGUGAACGGUGAUCAGGAUGGAGCGACUAACGUGACGAUUAAACUGCUAACCCGAUCACUCUCCUCACCGGUGGAACUGUUCCUGUUGACCGUACAGGACGGACAACCGAUGGUGAACAAUCGUCCACUGGAGCAGCCUACCACGUCUCAACCUCAACCCGAACCGGUACGUGCCGUCACCACACUCACACACGGUGUUAGCUUCUACGUACCGGCGCAAUCCAUCCUAUUUGCCGUAGUCCCAGGCGUCCAGAUACGCGAAUGUCGUAACGAUAUUCUCCCCCAGCGUAAGAAACUUCCCCGAGAAAUGAUGCCGCAGCAUGAUCGUACCUCCACUGACCUGCUGCUAGAACAUCUGAUCGGUGAGCUGUUGGAAAAGACCCCACUCGAAGGUGUUGAGCGACGAGUGCGUCGCUCGCUGCUAACGAACGACCCACCUGCAAGACGAAACGAAAAGCGGAAGCGUUUUCUCGCCCGUUUUGCUAAUGCACCACAAGCUGAUAGCCUUGCGGAAAGUCUCUCGGAGGUUCUCGCGGACGCGCAAUCGGCACCGGAGACCACAGAGCGGACAGCGAGAGGUCCCCGUCAAACGCAAGCAUACAAACGGCAGCAGCGUCGUAUCCGGCAGAAGGAAAAACGUUUGGAGAAGCGUAAUCUGAAGAAGAUGAAGCAUCCACUACGUGAGGCACGACGGGAACGGGCGAAACGGGGUGAUAUGCUAAUGGGUCGGAGAUCGAACUUCCCGAACCCCAAUCGCCGGUUCCAGGAGCGACUGAUGAAGCGUAUGUCAGCUAAGCUGGCCAGUCGCAAAACGAAACGAUCAUCACUGGCGGAAGCGGUUAACGAGCCACCGAACUUUGCUGUUAGCGAGGAGGAGGAUGAUGAGCUGCAUCAACGGUCAGAUUUUCCGCUUGGCGAUGUGCACCUCGUAAUCUCGAAGGGAGGCAAUGGUGAUGGUGAAAGUGGCACGUAUGUACCGACUGAUGAUAUGGAACAACCACAGAAGGAACAGGAGGAGCGUUCAUCCGGAUACCAUCGUAGUGGUAUGGGAAGCUGGGGAUCAUCCGCACGGCACAGACCAGCCGUUCGUCGCCGGAUCUCGAUCAACCAGCGCGAUUUUCAUCGAUUUGCACCGGUCUGGGAACGUAGAGCACCAACACCGAUCGAGGCCAGUGAGGAGGAGGAGCACGUGGCAGACUGUGCCGUGCGUCGACGAACACUUCGACGAGGUUCAAAGCAUGAGCAAGAUGUGCGUGAAAUGAGACGUACCGAUCGAUUCAUGCCCAUCCGGAGAGAACAAUCAGAAGAGGACAAGCAAGCGAACCAACUAACGGAACCAGCCAGCCAAGAAGCGUUCACAAUUGUACAGAUGAAGGACAAAAGCUUCGAUCCUCCAACGGUUGCCGAACAGCAACGACAGUUGGAUGAAAACUCUCCCGAAGACAUCCAACCGGCGUACGGUGAGCAAGAACAGCCAACCGAACAUACAAUGGCUCCCGCAGUAUCGCACGAGGAAAUUGAACUUUUCACACCAGCACCCCGGACCAGUGAGGAGCGCCAGAUCGUUCCACGACUUGAGCCCACCUGGUCACUAGAGUCCACCUCAGCCGAAGUAGCCGAGAUGCGCCCGAAUCGCUUCAAACGCUCCUAUCACCCGUCCGGUCUGCUUCUAACAGAGCAGCCUGCUGCUUCAAUCGAGUCAGAAGAAGUGCAACGGUUGGAGGACUUUUUCCGGACCAAUGCAAAGUUGCAGCAAAAGUUUGCCGAAAUGUUUGACCUGCUGCUGGAGGCGAUUGAGGAGCUGGAAGCGGAAGAUAACAAUGCCCGGGAGGUGAGCGAUGACGACGAUGUGCCGCGUACUGUUGAUGAUGGUGAUGAUCGUGACGUAGUCGCUGCAAACGAACCAUCCCUCAAACGUACGAAACGCAACGUCCUGCUUCAUCCACAGUCCUGGGAAUCCCGGGAACGGUCCAACAUGAUUCAACGCCGCCAUCAACAGUCUGAAGAAUUUUCGUACGAAAAUCUUGUUCUACCGGAACAGCCGCCGAAGCAAGGGUUAGUGUCCGGAGCAGCGGGACAUUCGGCUCUCAGGGAAGCACGGGACAGUGAUGAUGAUGGCCAUCCUGAGACUGGUAAGGAUGAUGAUGAAGGGAAACCGGGCGCAUUUAUGCUGCGAUCGGUUGUAAACUUUGUGCGACGAGCGUCGAACGAGUUUCACCAACUGUUUUCCGGUUGGUUCGGUAAGAAUGCGUGAGAG